UACGCCUGCAGAUCGAAGUUUCACCAUUUGAGAUGGAGUCACGGGCUGAGAAGUAUAUAAAUUUCUUCAAGGCUGUUGUAGGACUGCGGUCAUUUCCUGUUGUUGUUAUUUACCUGAUUCUUAUACCAACAUCUUUACUAUGGAAGAAGUACACCUCCCCAUUAGGACUGCAUAAGGUUUUAGUGGCAUACAACUUCCUGUGCAGUGCUCUCAGCCUAUAUUCAUUUGUUGUUAUAGUCAAGGCAUAUUAUCAGGGUGGUUUGUUGUAUGUUUUUGCUAUGGAGCAUGACGCAGAUGUCAAACAUGCCUUUUCUAUCUACCUAUUCACCAAGCACCUGGAACUGUUGGACACAGUGUUCAUGAUUCUUAGGCAUCGCCAAAGACAAAUCACCUUUUUGCACGUAUACCAUCAUGCAUCGAUCUUGCUCCUGAGUGACUAUGCCUGCCAUUUCUGCCCGUGGCCAGCGAUCGGGGUCAUGUUAGGAAUGAACUCUUUUGUGCAUGUAUUUCUCUAUCUUUACUAUGGCCAAGCAGCACUCAACCCCACCCAGCGGCCGCUGUGGAAGAGGACAAUGACACAACUUCAAAUGGUUCAAUUUGUUGUUGGUAUUGUUCAUUCCUCCUUUGGUUAUGCUCAUCAUGGUUUUUGUGUUUAUAGUAUUUUGUACGGCCUCAGCAUGCUGGGUUUGUUUGGAAAUUUUUACUAUCCAGCUUUUAUAAGGGUUAGACGUGAGAAAAAAUCAGAAUAAGCUGAUUGACUGCCCCCUUGAAUAGGGUCUAUCAUCUUCACACUUCUGAGGAACAGUAAAAUGGAGAAAUUUAACAAAAAACUCUUUCUAGUUAUUCACAAGUAUCAACCCACGCAGGGUGUUGGGAGAAACAGUCUCUUGUAUUUUUAAAGAUUACUCCUAUCUAAAAAAAAAAUUUUACUCAUAACAAACGUCAUUUUACAUAUUACACACAUGCCAGGCCAUUAAAUACUGCAUCAUGUUUAUUUUUAACAAUCAUUUAAGAGUUUGUUCAAUAAAUGGAUCUUAUUGUGUUCAGUCUGAAAGAUCCCUUCU